AUGAUCUUCCCCCCUUCAUUCCUGGAUUCCUCGAGCUGGAAUGAUAACCAGUUGGAUUUUGAGCAGCAUGCUCACCACCAGCAGGUCGCGGCCGCAAGUUGUGGUGGUGGUGCCGGCGACGGCGGCUGCAACAACCAUGAGCUCCUGCAGCCGUCAAUCAUGCAGCAGGGGACGCUUGCUGAAGGUGGGGACGGCGGCGGCGGCGGCGGCGGGCAGGUGGUGGGGCCGGCGAAGCCCAUGUCCAUGUCGGAGCGCGCGCGGCUGGCUCGGGUGCCGCUGCCGGAGCAGGGGCUCAAGUGCCCGCGCUGCGACUCGGCCAACACCAAGUUCUGCUACUUCAACAACUACUCCCUCUCGCAGCCGCGCCACUUCUGCCGCGCCUGCCGCCGCUACUGGACCCGCGGCGGCGCGCUCCGGAACGUCCCCGUCGGCGGCGGGUACCGCCGCCAUGCCAAGCGCGCCAAACCCAAGCAGGCGGCCGCGGCAGCGGCAGCGGGGCCACCGGCGGCCAACGGCGCCGCUUCGGGUGGGUCCACGACGUCAUCGACGACUUCCGCUUGCACGACCAUGUCCAACCCGGCUCCCGUGCUCCCGGCGAUGCUGCAGAACGGCGGCGGUGGCAACCUGUCCGGCCUCCUGCCGCCGCUGCUCCGCCUCGCGGACUUCGAUGCCAUGAGCCUUGGCUCCACCUUCUCCGGCAUGGGCAAGCCGUCCGCCGUCGACUCGGCAGCGGGCUACUACCUGGGAGGCGGCGGCGGCGGUGCCGUGGCCGGGCUGGAGCAGUGGAGAGUGCAGCAGAUGCAAGGCUUCCCGUUCUUCCAAGCAAUGGCCGACCAGCAGCACACACUGGGGCCAGCUGCAGCGCCUGCAAUGGCCAUGCCGGGGAUGUUCCACUACCUAGGCUUGGGCAACGGCGGUGACGGCCGCGGCGGCCAUGAAGACGACGGAGGAAACCAACAGUUUCAUCACGCGAUGCCGUCAAAGAGAGAAGGCUACCCGAGAUCAGGCAGCAUCGCCAUGUACGGUGGUGAUCACCACCUCGCUGCUGGCGCUGGCUACACAAGCUCCUACUCCAAUGCUGCCACAGGUAACCACCUCUUGUGA